AUGCCGGAUGCUAUCCUACCGAUCCCUACAUUGCUACCUAUGGCGACUAGACUACCGAAUGGAACCCUACGAUUAAAGGGGAAAGUGCCGAACGGUACCUUAAUGAGUACUCUGGAAGAUAAGCGCGAUCUGCUCUUCAGAAUGCUUCCCCGCCGUUCGCAAUAUCGGGAAUCGCCUAUCCUACCGUUCGAAAUGCCGGAAAUCGUCUGGUUACCGUUAACACUUGUCGGAAAUCGCCUGAUUACCGGAAGCCCUCGUCGGAAAUCGCCUCAAACAGAGCUCUCACUUGUCACUAGAUGCAAAGUGAAUUCGCCUCCGGGGUCAUCCCUAUUUAUAGGGGAAUGGUUGGCAACGGUACUCCUCGAAAAACCAAACGGCGCAUUAAUGCGCCGCGCGCCAUCAUUACUUUCACCACGUGUCGCUCAUCCUGUGGGGAACAGACGGCACGCGAAGCGCGGAAGUCGAAGCGCUCAAACGUCCCCUCACCCGUCAGCUCAACGCGACCUUCUGACUUCACCAACGUCAGCCUCUGAACUAAUAAUGCCGGAAGGGACAAAGUUUAGCCCCUUACCCAAGUUGGACUACCGAACAGUAGGGCCACGGUUCCUUCCGAAGACAACUUCAAAUCCCCUUCCGAGAACUCUCGCCAGGGGACUUGGGGGACUCCUGUUUAUACCAAAAUGA